AUGUCUGAGCCUGAAGUGAAUUCUUCGAAAGAAGCAAAUGAAGACUUGUUUGGGGGAAGCGACGACGAAAGUUUUACAAAAGACGAGGUUGAAACAACGAACAAUGAAUCCAACAACGAAAUUUUGAAUGAAAACGACGAAUUGAAAGACCAUCAGAACGAUCAAGAAUUAUUUUUUGAUGAGGAAAGAAAUCAGGAAAGUCCAAAGGAAAGCAAGCCUGUCAAAAAAAUCUUAGAGUCUGAAAUUCCUAAUUUUCCGUCUCCUGCUCCAUUAGAUUCAAAAGCGUUUCAUGCUCGGAUACCAAACUUUAUGUCGGUAGAACAUGCUCCUUUUGACUCUGCAAAAUACGCCAUAGAGGCUGAAGCAGACGAAACAUUAUUGGCACACGAUGUACAGUGGGGACAGCGUGUAAAGCACAAAGUGGAUAAUACUAUUCGAUGGCGCUUUGAUGAAUCGGGUAACCCCGAAUCCAAUACUCAGGUAGUCCAAUGGUCAGAUGGUUCUUAUUCUCUUCGCAUUGGUAACGACAUAUACGAUGCCCAGUCGAAGCUGAUUACCCAGCCUACAUUCCUCACUACUUCUCAUGAAGCUCAGCAUCUCCUUCGUGUCCAAGCGGCCCUCAAAAGAAGUUUUAAUUUUCUUCCUUCCGCCAUCAGUACGGCUACUACCUCCAAGCUUCCUUCUAUGCGAAUGAGAGGAACUCCACUGAGCAAUAGAGGCGUUCAAGAAAUUGUAACCGAGAAAGAUCCUGAACUUCUUAAGCGCGAGGCUGAAAAAUUUGAAGAAGAACGGAAUCGUGCCCGGCGGCGUCUCGAGAAAAGAAAAUAUCUUAAUAAUUACAAAAAUGGGAUGGAAGAAGAAGAAGAAGAUUUUACUUCCUUCGUUGGUCCUCGGGGUGCCUAUUCUCAAAGAGACGAAUCAGCCGAGCAGGAUCGCAUGGAGCGACUUAAACGAAUUAAGCAAGAAGGGGCUGGAGAAUAUUACAAUAACGAAGAAAAUUAUGAAGACGAAGAAGAUGAAGGAGCUCUUGAUGAUUUCAUUGAAGACGAGGAGGAAGAAGAGGAUGAGGAACCCGUCAAUCAAUCUAAACACUCUCCUUCCAAAAGGUCUGUAAGCCCUGAAAGCGAAAGAAAUGAAAGAGAAAGUGCAUCACCAGAUAAGAAGCACGAAGCAUCAAAUGAAGCUGGUAAUGAGUCGGGUGAAGCGGACAAUGCUGGGCAGCGUAGACCACGACGCCGUAUCAUUGAAAGUGAUAGCGAAUGA